AGUUAGAGAAAAGCGUGGUGUUGUUCGCGGAAAGAUCCUUAACGGGAUUGCAAAGCUAAAUAAGCGAGUGCGAAGUAGCGCUGCCAAUGUUUCUUAUCAACCUCCAAGUCAAGAACUUCAAGAAGGGGUAAUGGUAAAUAAUACGGAAGUCGAUAAAUUAAAAAAGGUAAAGAAUCAGUUGCAAACAGAAUUAAAAGUCAAGUCAACAUCCAAGAUCACAAUAGAACUACUCGACGAAGUCAGUGCUUCUGAAGCAAGAGCCGAAAGAAAAACUUAUUUAAAGGAUAAAUACCUGCUGAAUAUCGUUUGGAUUAUAACAAAAUGUUUAGCGAGCGAUCGAAAACCAUAUAUGAAAAAUUAA